AUGGAGUUCUUCUCUGUCCUGUCAUUUGUAUUAACUCAUGGUUUGACCGUUGAUACGCAAUUCUUUCAGGUCAAGAUCAAUGUUCUCUCGGCACGCAUGACUGCAAUCCCAAUGCUUAUUGUCAUAAAACCCACCUUGCCUACAACUGCGAGUGCAAACCGGGAUAUGACGGAGACGGAGUCAUCUGUGCAAGUAAAUUUUACAAUUGUCUAUAACUUUAUAUGCUAUACAUAGGGUUUCACCAUUUAACUUAAGUCCAAGCUCCCUUACCUCUUCACGAUCCAAGGGAGAACAACAUCAAUUUUCUUCGAACAAUUUCGAUACGCAAUCGAGAAAAAAGGUUAUGAGGAUUUAUAAAUGAUCAACUCGGGUAAUAGGUAAUCUCUUAAAAGCCUCUCGAAGGGAGAGGAGGGAGUUGCCAAUUCAAAAGUGCAGAAGCAACCCUUGGUAAUUCAUUUAUUUCAUCAGUGGUAUUGCUGAAAAAAAAGCUUAAACUGGGAAACAUAUAGCAGACGGAUUAGAUAAACAUCACAACAAUAAUGUUCUCUUAUGUCAUUUCUGAUUUUUUAGCAAUAGACGAAUGCGCUACAAACACACACAACUGCCACAGAGAUGCUAUUUGCAAGGAUCUCACUCCCUUAUUUACCUGCACCUGUAAACUGGGAUACCAAGGAGAUGGAAAAAACUGCACAGGUAAAUAUCACUUUUAUUUCGCUACUUUGUUUUAUCUGCGAAAUAAAGACCUUAAGAUCGAGGUUUGGCCACCUAACCGAAAACGGCAUGCCGCGAUCUGCGGUUAGCGGUUUUAUGUUACCCAAUCUGUCCAUAUUUAAGGCUGUAGAAUCGCGGGUGUUAGCUCGCGGCUGCCAUGUCUAGUUUCAUUCAAUCACUUCUAUUCUUUUAGCUGAGAAAUCGUCUUUAAAUGACGUUUCUACGAAAAAGACUCGAUAAUUGAUAAGCCGGAAAGAGUACAAUAGUCUUUCCUCUCAAAUGUGGAGUUGUUCGUAAAGACGCUGCUUACUGUACAUUUAUCUGUUGCAAGUUUUGUGCAUUUACGUAACGUGUUGAAGUUCAUUUGAAUUUGUUCUAUUUUUCUGGUACCGUUUAUCAUUUUUGGCGAUAAGGGGUCAUUAAUGAAUAAUUUACAGCUUACAGCUGUUCUUCUGUGUCAUUUUAUUCUUGGUUUGCAACCACGUGAGAAGGCGGCCAUGUUGGGAGUCAAUACAAUCAAAUUUUUUCUAGAAUAAUUUGCAUGAGAAUAGAGUCUAGUUCCCAGGGAAGAAAAAUGCCGUUGUUCUUGACCGCCGACAUAGGCACUGUGACGUCACGUUCGAACCAGCCAUAGGCUGAUUAAGCAACAGGACGGGAACGUCAUUUGACGACGGGGAAGCGCGCAGAAAGGACUAAACAAGACUUCCGGUGCCCAAUUUGCCGCUCUGCCAUUGGUCAAGCCAGGUGUUUAAUUUGCGCGCGCCGUCGUCAACUGACGUUCCCGUUCUGUUGCUAAAUCAGCCUAAUAUAGCAGAGAGUCUCUUCUAGGUAUCAACGAGUGCUCUCUCAACACCCACAACUGCAGCAAAAAUGCUAUUUGUACGGAUUUAACUCCCUAUUUUACCUGUCAUUGUAAACCUGGAUAUAGAGGAAACGGAUUCAAAUGCACAGGUAAAUACAUAUGA